AUGUCUUACAUCAGGGCCGCGGAGAUGGAGAAGCACAUGUUUGACCUCGAAGCUAAAGCCGAGGUCUGGGACGAUGUGGCUGAAGUGCACCUCAAAGAGCUCCGACAGGUGCAGAGCAACGCCCUUUCCGUGGCCAGGGCCAGAGUCCAGCGGGCUGAUGAGGCGAUGAAGCAGGCCGACAUGGCGCAAAGGCGGGCCGCGGAGGGUUACCACCAGGCAAAGAUGGACUUUCAUGGGUCUCACACCGAAUUGCUUGCAAUAGACUCUAUUUACACGGAGGCGAUCUCCGUGGUGGCAAGCAAGAAACGCAAGGGGCGCUCGGAGGCAGACGAAAACAUUCAGACGGCACGAUCGUCGUUCGACGAGGCAUGCCAACAGGUGAUGGAUCACGACGCCUUUUCACUGGAGAGGGCGCCUAGGAGCUUUGCCCACACGUCGCCCGGGCUCCGAUAUCGACAUCGAUAG